AUUGAGGUGACUAAUGGGAGCCUCCUGGGUCCGCUUCAGCCCCCAUUUCACCAGCCCAUGGUUAUGAAAUCACCAGUCCUUGCAGCCCAAUUCAGUUGUGUGUUUUCUUUCGUAUGUUCAGUGACGAACAAGAAACCAGCUCAAGCGUCUAUUACGAAGGUGAAGCAGUUUGAAGGCUCUACGUCUUUUGUCAGGAGAACACAGUGGAUGCUCGAGCAGCUUCGCCAGGUCAAUGGUAUAGACCCUAAUCGGGAUUCUCCAGAAUUUGAUUUACUCUUUGAAAAUGCUUUUGACCAGUGGGUAGCAAGCACAGCAUCAGAAAAAUGCACGUUCUUUCAGGUUCUACAUCACACUUGUCAGCGAUACCUUACAGACAAGAAGCCAGAAUUUAUCAACUGCCAAUCUAAAAUUACAGGAGGAAACAGCAUACUCCAUUCAGCAGCAGACAGUGUGACAAGUGCAGUGCAGAAGGCAAGUCAAGCUCUGAAUGAGCGUGGUGAAAGGCUAGGUCGAGCAGAAGAGAAGACAGAGGAGCUGAAAAACAGCGCUCAGCAGUUUGCAGAGACUGCACACAAGCUUGCCAUGAAGCACAAAUGCUGA